GGGGGGGGGGGAAAUCAUAAUUAUCUUCCAUAUCGACUCCCUUAGUGCUCCUUACAGUACAUGUUCAUAGAAGGAACCUCCCAGGAUGUUCCUGGCGGGCCUCGGUGUUGAAAUGGACUCGUGCGCUGUGAUCUGCAGUGCAUCUGAGGAGGCGUUUGUUUAGAGUGUUGAAGUGGGAAUGUGCUGUGCUGAGUACACAGAGGUGCUGGCUCUGGCUGCGGCCACAGACAGAUCCUCUCAAGCCUUGGCAUCACAUGGGCCAAGUCAGGGGCUGCAGCUCAUGCCUGCUCUUCUAAAAGGGGUUUCAAGAUUUCCAAAGAUGAAAAAAAAAAAAAAGUUUGGUGAUUAGGACCAAAAAUGGGUUGCUUUGUCCCUCAGCUAUUUAAAUCAUGGCUGAUAACAGUCCAUUUAGACUUUUCCAUGGGGGGAAAAAGGGGGACUCUCACACGCUGGCGUAUGGUUUCCCCUGAGGAUGGUACUGUUUUUGGCCACUUUUCCUAAGAUGGCAGAUGUUUGCUUUUCGUGUGACCUCACCAAAAGUCAGUCACGCCCCCGUAACGGUCUCAGUGCUGGGACAGAGAAUCCCUGCAGCUGCGAAGAAAAGCUCCUCUUCUCAGUAGGGAAGGUAUUCAUCACAUCACAUCAACAUUCUUUAGGUCGAUCUAACUUCUUUAAAAAUGGCAAGAUCCAAGUCCUCUCAGAACACCUGCAACUGCCUGGUGGCAUUCCUCGCCCUCUGGUCCAUGAUCUCCCUCGUCGUCAUCAUAGUGUGGGCGACGUGGCCUUACAUGAGGAGCCUGAGCCAGUGCGAGGCAGCCAGGCAAGCCACCGUUGAGAAGAUCGAAGGAGCCAAGGUGGUGAGCGAGAGAGACCAGAACGUGCUCCUGGAUCAGCUGAGCAACAGCCGUGGGAACCAAACAGCGCUUCUGAGGGAGCUGGACAUCAUCAUGGAGAGGCUGAGGGAAACUAAUGUGUCACUGAUGGACAGCCUGCAGUGGAAGGAGGUUUUGAAAGAGAACAUUACCACUUUAAAAAGUGAAAAAGAAAUACACAUGACCCUGCAAAAAAACUUGUCCUCUGUACUGGCAUGGCAGGAAGCCCAUACCGACACACUGCAGGCCAACUUGACAUGGAGCCUUCAUCAGUGGGACUCCUGCAACGCCUUACUCAAUGCUGCUAACAGCCAGCAGGUGGCAGCAGAGAGUCAGAACAAAGCCUGCAAGUCUACUAGCGCUUAUCUGUUCAAACUACUGAAUGCAUGCAGGAUUGAAGACGACAGUGGAUCACAACAGAUUAAUGCUGUUGCCCUGUGAUCACACAACAGGCACACUACUUUUAUUUUUAUUUUGUGUUGUGUGUUUUAUGAGUUCUGAGUUGUUAAAAGGACAUAAUGAAUGUCACAAUACCAAGAGAUUGGUUUGUAGAUUGUAGAUUAUGUAUACGUCCGGAAUUGUAUUGGAGUGUACCACAGGAAAAAUCACUGGAAUCAUACCCAGUGUAUCAAGACAGGACACAAGUUUGUACAUAAACAUAAUCUGUCUGACAGUUAGGAGCAUAGCAAAAGAUUUUUCCUUUGGUCAACACCCUCCUCCACUCUUUCUUCUCAAUAUCCCAAAAUAAAAUGAACAAUCAAGUAACCUA